AUGUCGGCUAAAACAUCUACUCAAAUGAGAUGGCAUGCCGAAGGUCGCACUAGAGAUGGGGUAAUGCGACAUCCUGCAGACAGUAUUGCUUGGAGGAAAUUUGAUGAAGCGCAUACAGACUUUGCUCGAGAUCCUCGAAAUGUUAGACUUGGAUUAGCUUCAGAUGGCUUUAGUCCAUUUAAGUCUAUGUCUAUCUCACAUAGCACAUGGCCUGUUAUCUUGAUUCCAUAUAAUUUGCCACCAUGGUUGUGCAUGAAACAACCAUAUAUGAUAUUAUCAACUAUUAUUGAUGGUCCUCGUGCACCAGGUAAUGAUAUUGAUGUCUAUCUACAACCCUUAGUUGAUGAGUUAAAAGAAUUGUGGGUUGGUGUUGCCACUUAUGACGCAUCAAACAAUCACAUGUUUCAAAUGUGUGCAGCAUUGCUUUGGACAAUUAGUGAUUUUCCAACAUUAGGUAACUUAUCAGGAUAUGGUGUGAAAACUAGAUAUGCUUGUCCAUGUUGUCUUACCAAAACUAAAUUUACAAGAUUGAAAAAUGGGCGAAAAUAUUGUUUCAUGUCUCAUAGGCGAUGGUUAUCUCAUGGACACAAGUUUCGAAAAGAUAAAGUUGCAUUAAAUGGCCUUGUGGAGUUAGAUGGAGCACCUAAAUGGUUGACGGGAAUUGAGAUUCUUAAGCAAUUGAAUAAUAUUAAAAAUAAAUUUGGUAAAGAUCUAUUGGCCAAAUCUCGUAAAAGGAAAUGGGAUGAUGUUGAUAAUUUGGUGCAAAAUAUAUGGAACAAAAACAACAUAUUUUUUGAGUUUGAAUAUUGGAAAGACAAUAUGAUUCGUCAUAAUCUUGAUACGAUGCAUAUUGAAAAGAAUGUCUUUGAUAAUAUAUUUUGGACAUUAUUGAAUGUUGAUGGAAAAGGAAAAGAUAAUUUAAAUUCCCGUUUAGAUUUACAAGAGAUGGGGAUCCGAAAAGCUUUGCAUCCUAAGAAAAAGGCUAAUGGAAAAUAUUAUCUUCCUCCUGCAUCUUUCACAUUGAGUAACACACAAAAGGACAUCCUCUUACAAGUGUUAAAAGAUGUGAAAGUGCCAGACGGAUAUGCUUCAAAUAUCUCAAGUUGUGUUGAUCUCAAGCAACGCACAAUGCAUGGGUUGAAGAGUCAUGACUGCCAUAUUUUAAUGCAACAACUCCUUCCUAUUGCCUUGCGGAAUCUCCUGCCAAUGAAUGUACUUAAGCCAUUGAUUGAAUUAAGUAAUUUCUUUAGGGGCAUUUGUUCAAAAGAUCUGAAGAUAGGUGACUUAGAAAAACUCCAAGAUCGAGUUGCAAUAACUCUAUGUCAUCUGGAGAGAAUAUUUCCUCCAUCUUUCUUUGAUAUCAUGGAACAUCUACUUAUCCAUUUAGCUGAAGAAGCAAUGUUGGGAGGACCUUCACAAUAUCGCUCAAUGUGGUUUAUCGAACGUGGUCAUAUAAAAGAAAUCAAGAAGGAAAAUCCUCGUCUAUCAAGACAUAAUGUGGAUCGAAUUCAUAAUGAAAGAUUUCAACUAUGGUUUAGAAAUCAUGUCGAGAAGAUGCAUAUGGCUGGUGAAAAAAUAUCUGAGGAUAUUCAAACUUUAGCUAUUGGCCCAUUAAUACAAGCAAAAAGAAUGACUGGGUAUAUAUGUGAUGGAGUUAGAUACUUAACAGAGUCUCGUGAUGUUAAGAGAAAAACUCAAAAUAGUGGUAUUAUGUUAAAGGCUAUCACUCAAAGUUAUGCAAGCACAAAAGAUAAAAAUCCCAUAUUGGCAGAGUUAUCAGAUGAACCAUUCAUCUUUGCUUCUCAAGCUCAACAAGUGUUUUAUGUCGAUCAUCCUAUGGAAAAGGAGUGGCGAAUUGUUGUUAAACUUAAGCCAAGAGGUUUUUAUGAUUUAGGUGAUGACACACCAACAAUUGAGCAUAAGGAAGGACAUAUGGAGUUGUGGCCUGAACAACAAUUGGAUGACACAACAUUUGAAACUGAAGAAGACAUUGAAUGGGUUAGAGAAGGAGUACCAGGAUUAGAAAUUGACCCAGAAACUUUGGAAAGUAAUGAAGCAUUGAUGCAGAUAUAG